AUUAAAGUGUGUCAGUAAAGAAAAGAUAACACACUUACCAGUUUGGCGUCAAAAAGGAAGAUCAAAAUGGCAAAGCAGUCGGUCCCGACCUUUCUUCUCCUAUUCAUCCUUGCUGUUACAGUGGCACACGGCCACACUAACCAGGAACCUCAUCAAGACGGUGUAGGGCAUGUGACCCGAGAUGAAGUAACGAAAGACAUGUACAACACCCUGAUGGAGAGACUAGAACGACAGGAGGCAUCUCUUUGGUAAUUGCAGACAACGGUAGCAGAGAAAGAAAAGCGAGUAGAAAGGCUAGAAAACGAACUGCAAGAAAUAAAGAUGGAAGUUGGAGUUCAACAACGCCACCAAGUCCCCUCCAGUGAAACUGUUCCGAAGCAUCUGAAGGAAAUGCCACAGUUUUCUCCGAAUCGACAACAAGAUGGCGAUUCAGAGGAAGUCUACCAAACAACAAUUCCUACACCUGAUGAUGCCAAAGCGUACAUGGUCAAGAGACAGAGAAGAACCAAUACCGGUGUUGCAUUUAGCACAUCCAUGCAGAACGAUGCGACUGUUCACGAGCACGAGACGCUGGUAUUUGGUCACGUGAUAUUGGAUGAAGGCAGCGGAUACAGUGGUGAUGGUGCAUAUACAGUCCCACAGAGUGGUGUGUAUGUCUUUACUUGGUCUAUCACUUCCGAAACAAAUCAUCAUGGUACGAAUGACAUUCACACCAAUUUGAUGCUGAACGGAUUGGAUGUUGGUGGGAUAGAUUCGGACGCAGAUGCAAACAACUGGGGAAGUGCAACUGGUGUGGUUGUAAUGUCUGUUGAGGCAGGAGAUCAUGUAUACAUACGUGUGACUACCGGCUCGUCGGGUAAAAUAAUAAGCCGUCCGGAAUCUAAAUCGACCUUUUCGGGAUGGCUUUUGUUCUAGACAAAACGUAUAGGCUGAUCAUACAAGCAGAAAGGCGUUGUCUUUGAAAGGAAAAUUUUGAUAAACGUACAUAUAAUUUAACAACACUCACUGCAGCAGUAGACCAGUUCAUCCUCAUUUGAUAUUACAAACUUUUUUAUCAAAUGAGAACACAGCGUCAAGCAAUGUUGUUUGGAAAAGUUAUACUGCAUACAAAAUAAUAAAGUUUUAACAAUUUAAAUUAAUUUCCUUAACAAUAAUUUAAAAGAUGCUACUAUUUUGUC